AUGCGCAAGCGCACCGUACUCUGUGUCUCACCGAUUACUUUGUGUCAACAGUUUGAAGGUGCCUACUAUGAGGACGGCAAAGGCAUGAGCAUUUGGGACGUCCAAGCCAACAACCCCGGCUUGCUUCCAGAGGGCGACCGGAUUCAUGAUAAUCACACGGGCAAUGUAGCCAACGAUUUCUACCACAGGUACAAGGAAGAUAUCCUUUUGGCCAAAGAGCUUGGCGCGACACAGUUCAGGUUCUCUAUUUCAUGGGCUCGUAUCUUCCCCAAUGGCGAUGGCUCCAUCAAUCAAGUGGGCCUUAAGCACUAUGUAGACAUGGUGGACUUCAUUCUUUCCAUUGGGAUGGAACCAGUGGUCACUUUGUAUCAUUGGGACCUUCCUCAGGCUUUGCAAGAAAGAAUUGGCGGCUGGAAUAGCGAGCAAGUUGCGCCCGUUUUUGCAGCGUAUGCGGCAACAAUGUUUGAGGCCUUGGGGGAUAAAGUCACGUACUGGUCCACCAUCAACGAGCCAAAAACUUUCUGCUGGGAAGGAUAUGGGAAUGGAGGUCAUGCCCCUAACAUCCACAGCCAUGAACAAGCUGCCAAUUGUACCAUCAAUGUCCUAAGGGCGCAUGCAGCUGCCGUCAAAGAAUUCCGGAAGUUGGUUCCAGGUGGAUUCGUAUCAAUGAACAUCAACGUUGAGACAUCGCUGCCGUACGAUUCUACUAGUGAGCUUGACACGGCGGCCGCUCAGAGGAAAAUGGACUUUGAAGUGGGAGUCUAUAUGGACCCGAUUUUCUUUGGACAAUUCCCCGACUCUGUCAGGGCUCGACUUCCAUAUCUUCCUGAUAUUACACCAAAGCUGGCCGAUGCUUUGAAGGGAUCCAUGGACUACAUAGCCAUGAACCAUUACACAUCAUCGUACGCCUUAUGCAUUGAACAUGUUUCUGACUACGACGUUCCGGACAAUCAUGUCAAUAAAAAUGGUUUUGUGAUCGGCAAACAAGGAGACUCAGGGUGGCUUUACUCGUUUCCACUUGGCUUCCGAAUGGCACUCAACUACAUGAAUGACCGGUACAAAACGGACUUCAUUAGCGUCACCGAAAACGGCUUCAUGGUCAAAGGUGAAGAUGAUAUGACCAUGGACGAAAUUCUCAACGACAAGGCACGCAUCGAAUAUUUCGAGGAGUACAUCAAAAAUGCUAUCGCGGCAGUUGUGCCCAUCAGAAGCUACUUUGCUUGGGCUUUGAUGGAUAAUUUUGAAUGGAAAGACGGCUAUUCCAAGCAUUUCGGUGUGAUGUACUGGGAUCGCUUCACACAAGUGCGCAUCAAGAAGGCAUCGGCGCGUUGGAUGCAGAACAAAUUCUUGGAUGCACCAGGCAACUAG